AUGGCGCAACCCACCGUCCAGCUCCAGCACACGGUUCGCGUGGUGAACCAGCUGAGCAGCGGGGUGCUGGCGGCGCACUGCAGAUCCAAAGACGACGACAUGGGCAUCCACCGCCUCGACGUCGGGGGAGUGUUCAAGUGGAGCUUCUGGCCCAACUGGCCGCCACGUGUCUUCGGGUACACGUUUUUCUGGUGCGACCUGUCGGCGGACGGCAGGGGAACGCUCAAGUUCGACGCGUACGAUGGGGAGAACCCAGAUACCAGCAUGACCGGCCGCUGGGAAGUUAGGGACGACGGGGUUCACACCGUCAGCGGUUCCGGCGGCGGUUACUUUCGUCAUCACUUCAGGGUUCCCUGGAGGAAACCGUGA